CAUGAACGUCGGUUCCUUGCAUUUUCAUCCCUUACAAAAUUCCUUUGUCUUGAAGUGAUUCACAUUCACACGCAGAGAAAAUCUUCUGAGGAUUGUAACGCAUUUUUCACACUCAAAUUUGAGUCAGAAAUGGCCUUUUUUUUAAAAGUGUCUUGCACCAUUGUAUAUUGUUUUGUAUUGUAGAAUCUGUGGAGUGCAGAAUUGAACAAGUGGGCAUGUGCUCUAACUUAUAUUUUACUUGUUUUUUUUUCUUUUAGAACUCUGAACUACCUGCAUGCCAGUUAGAUCGAAGCCUCCUUAAUGUUGUUAUCCACAAACAUAUAUUUAAUGUGUAUACCUCCUUUGAUCUAGCUGCCCGAGUCUUGUUUGGCUAUAUACAUAUUAUAUAUAUGUUUCAUUGAUCUGGGUUCUGGACUGAUUGCAUUUGACUGAAGGUUGAGUGGUUUGAGUGUAGAGUUGAAAUGGGAAAGGCUUCAAAGGACCAUGAUCUUUGCAUGAAAACUGAGAUUGAAGAAGCUAUAGGCAGGUUCCCUUCCUGUUUACAGAUAAUGGAGGAGUUGAAGGAGCUUGGGAAGAUUGUAGUACCUGUGACAGCCAUGAACUGUGUGGUUUAUCUGAGAGCAAUGGUUUCAGUUCUAUGUUUGGGCAGAUUGGGGAAGAUAGAAUUGGCAGGGGGUGCACUUUCCAUAGGUUUUACAAACAUAACAGGGUAUUCAGUUCUAUUUGGAUUGGCAUCAGGAAUGGACCCAAUUUGUAGUCAAGCAUUUGGUUCUAAGAAUUGGGACCUCAUAGGUCUUUCUCUCCAGAGGACCAUUCUAAUUCUUCUCACAGCUUGUAUGCCUAUAAGCCUUUUAUGGAUCAAUUUGCAGAACAUCAUGCUUUGGAUGAGCCAAGAUGCUGCAAUUACAGCAGUUGCAAGCACAUACUGUCUUUUCUCACUUCCUGAUCUUCUUACUAACAGUCUUUUGCAGCCUCUUCGUGUAUACUUUCGAUCUCAAGGCAUUACCACACCCAUGAUGUGGUGCUCUGCUCUGGCAGUUGUUCUGCACAUACCUCUAAAUAUCAUCCUGGUUUUUGUUUUCAAAUUGGGUGUUCCAGGAGUGGCAAUUGCUGCAGUUUUAACCAACCUUAACAUGGUGUUCCUCUUGUUUGGGUACCUUUACUUCACUGGAGUAUACAAGAGAACUUGGAAAGGUUGGUCUGCAGAUUCCUUUGGAGAAUGGUGGCCUUUGCUAAGUCUAGCUCUUCCAAGCUGCUUUGCAAUAUGCCUUGAAUGGUGGUGGUAUGAGAUUAUUACCUUAUUAGCAGGGUAUCUUCCCAAUCCACAAGUAGCAGUGGCAACAACUGCAAUCCUAAUGCAGACAGCCAGCCUAAUGUACACUGUCCCAUUGGCAUUGAGUUCCUCUGUUUCAACUCGUGUUGGGAAUGAGCUUGGGGCUUGUAGGCCUGCAAAGGCCAAGCUUGCCACCCUUGUAGCCCUUGGAUGUGCAGUGAUCAUAGCCCUGUUCAGUCUAACAUGGACCACUAUCCUAAGAUAUAAAUGGGGAUUGCUCUUCACAGAAGAUCCUCAAGUUUUGGCCUUGACUGCUGCAGCUAUGCCUAUUAUGGGACUAUGUGAACUGGGUAACUGUCCUCAGACAACUGGUUGUGGUGUUCUUAGAGGCAGUGCCAGGCCUGCAAUUGGAGCCAGGAUCAAUCUUGGGUCAUUUUACUUUUUGGGCACUCCUGUAGCCCUGGUACUUGCCUUCUGGUUCAAGAUUGGAUUUGGAGGCUUAUGGUAUGGUCUCUUAGUGGCUCAGUUUGCUUGUGCAUUUUCAAUCCUAUUUGUUGUUCUGAAUACUGAUUGGGAUUGUGAGGCAACAAAAGCAAAGCAACUCACUGGAACCCAUGUCAAAGGUCACUUGCAGAUGGCCUGUAUGAAAGAAGAUGAAGAGACAGGCUGUUUGACAAGUUAAAAAUGAAAAGAGAAACCAACUUUUAGAGCAUACUAUAGUUGCACUCCAAUCUAACCCAUGGUUAUUUCAUUUUUUUUAAGAUGAUAGGAAUAAGCAUACCAUACUUAGUGAGAUCCAGAGCAUCUCAAUAUUCAGUUGUCACUCUGAUCUCUGAUGAUGAGUCUAUUCAAGAUAAAGGUAUAUUCCUCACUGUUGCCCCUUGACAGCAUUCCCCCUCGAGACAGAAGGCUUAGGAUAACCAUCAAUCAAUCCCUUCAUUGAUGCUCAAAAUCUCCAUAAAAAUCAGCAUUCCAGGACCACAAUCAGCAGUGGAAGUUGUUAUCAUUUACUCUAUGAUGUCCAUUUUAGGGCAAAUGGAACAAAUGUUGAAGAUAAUGAUGGAUAAAUUCCAAUAUCUUCUUACAGAGGCAAUAAAAUGAUAUCCACUGACAAUUGAAUGCAAUUUCUUCCUAUGUAACAGGGACCAAAUGCAGAGAUAGGGCUGUUUUGUGCACCGGGUGUAUCGAUAUAUCAUAUACCCAGUAGAAUUGUUAGGCUUGUUCCAGGCUUUUGGGAAAUGGGUACUGAUUUCUGAGUUGGCAAAAUUUUCAGUGGAAAGGACAUUCAUUUCUUCAUAUAAUUUGCCAAAGUUGUCCUUUCAAAGUACAGAAGUAGUCUCUGUAAAGUAAUCUCUUAUCUAUUAGAUUAUGAUUACUAUUGCCAAAUUUCACAGAAUCCAGCAUCACAGCUCCUUACUUUAUUGUUUUAGCAAAGUAGUCCUUUCAAUGUACAGAACUGGUCUCUGUGAAGUUAUGUAUAAGUAUCAGAUUCCGACUUUAGUAAUCA